GACUGAAACCCUAGAUCACCAUCACCACCAUUAAUGGAUCUCUGUCGGCAAGAGUUCCCGUGUAAGCGCCGGAGACUUGCCGUUGACCUCGGGAACAGGAAGCUCGUCACGCGCUCCGAGAAGGGGAUGCGAAUGCUGCGUCUGCAAACGCACCGCCGUCCUCCAGUCCGAUUACGUCCUCUCCCCUCCUCCACUUCUAACCCUACCUCCUCGUCGUCCUCCCCCUCAUCCUCUUCUUUACCCCCUGCCCUCGCUGCCGCCUCCUCCAAGAAGACCUCCGAGCCCCAAUCCGAUGAGCAGCGCAUCGAUGACCUCGUCCUCCCCCGCCUUCGAUUUCUGAAGCAGCCCAUCACCCUUUUCGGCGAGGACGAUGAUGCCCGGCUCGAUCGCCUCAAGCUCACCCUUAAAUCGGGGGUUUUCGAUGCUGAUAGCGAUAUGACCGAGGGCCAGACCAAUGACUUCCUCGGUGACGUCUACGAGCUCCGGAAGCGCCAGAAGGCUGGAUCGUUACUCCAUGAUCGGGCGAAGGACAAGCGGGACGAUGGCGAUGGGAUUGAGUUCGAUGGGGGCGAUGACGAUGGGGAUAAGGAUGUCAGCGACGAUGGGGGAUCGUCGGGAAUGGAUGCUGAUAAGGAUAUCAAGAGGAUGAAGGCAAAUUUUGAGGAGCUGUGCGAUGAGGAUAAGAUUCUUGUUUUCUUCAAGAGGCUGUUGAAUGAGUGGAACCAGGAGUUGGACGAGAUGCCGGGGGCCGAUAAGCAGACGGCAAAGGGCAAGCAGAUGAUUGCUACCUUCAUGCAGUGCGCACGGUACCUCAAUCCUUUGUUCAAGUUUUGCAGGAAAAAGGUUCUUCAAGAUGAUAUCCGUCAAGCAUUGAUGGUAGUGGUUAAGUGUUGCAUGAAACGAGAUUAUUUGGCUGCUAUGGAUCAGUACAUCAAGUUGGCCAUUGGCAAUGCACCUUGGCCUAUUGGUGUUACUAUGGUUGGCAUUCACGAGCGUUCAGCUCGUGAGAAGAUUUACACAAACAGUGUUGCUCAUAUCUUGAACGAUGAGACAACUCGCAAGUACCUGCAGUCACUGAAGAGUCUAAUGACGUUCUGCCAGCGUCGAUACCCAGCAGAUCCUUCCAAGUCAGUGGAAUUCAAUAGUUUGGCGAACGGAAGUGACCUUCAUUCUCUCCUAUCUGAGGAAAGGAUGAUUGAGAAACCUACAUCUGAGGAAGAGCUCCGCAUAAUUCCUGCAGCAAGGGAGUAAUGCUACCUAUGGGAUGCAUUUUGAUUGUCCACCAAGAUUAGGAAAUGUACAUUUUUGUCGGGUCUGUUGUUUUUUUGAAGGCCUAAUUUUCUCUGCUUCGAGCAAUCAAGGAUUGUACUCAAAAAUCACAUUGUCGGUGUUGUGAUUGAUGAUAUCCAUACAAUUAAUUUUGCUCAAAUUCCAAAACUGGAAGUUGGAUCUUCUCCAAUGCCUUAUGACUAUGUAAAUCUAUCAUUAGAAACUGAACAUGCAGUGUGUUGGCUGACAGGAACAUUUAUGAUCGAUGGGUUUCAAAGCAAUAAAAGAGGGAGUUUUUUUUUGUA